UCCCUCCUUCAUGCAACUUGUCUUCAGGAUCUGGAGGGCAUGGAGAGGCUGACUGGAAAGACGGCGGAAAAGCGUUGAAAAUUCUUCUCACAAGAAGUUGCAUGUUCAAAUGAAUGACUCGACAAACUAACUGGAACAGAGUGCUCGUUGAAAAGUAUCUAACUUGGACUUCUGUUGGAUCAAAAGGGUUGCAGCUGUGAAAAGGCGCUGGAUGCAGACUGGAAGAGGUGAAAGCUGCUUCAGCCUGUCUCUCGGACAGCAGUGCUGUUCUUUUCGCCGCCUGACCACACCCCUUGCAUCGGUGGUUGUGACCCUACCCCAGGCAGCUUGCUGCAGGGCCCUUCCUGAGCAGCAGCAGCUGCGUCCUGCUCGCUGACUCCUCUCCCUCCCCUCCUUCCUGUGCCUGGUCAGACAAGGCCGGAGCCUCCUUGCUUCCCCAUCCCACCCGCCAAAUAACUUGUUUCUUGGUCAACGCUCACUCCCAAACACUUAUUGGAAGUAAUCAACGGCGGCCUUGAAAACCUUUUGAUCCCUCUGCAGACUUCCUCCCUGUUGACUAACCCUCAUCUCAAGCAUGACUUCCAUGUCCAGUCUCUUUUCCUUCACGAGUCCAGCAGUCAAGCGCCUGCUUGGCUGGAAGCAAGGAGAUGAGGAGGAGAAGUGGGCCGAAAAGGCAGUGGAUGCACUUGUGAAAAAGCUGAAAAAGAAGAAAGGGGCAAUGGAGGACUUGGAAAAAGCCCUGAGUUGCCCUGGACAACCCAGCAAAUGUGUUACCAUUCCAAGAUCACUGGAUGGCAGGCUACAGGUUUCCCACCGUAAAGGUCUGCCACAUGUAAUAUACUGUCGGGUGUGGCGUUGGCCAGACCUCCAGUCUCAUCAUGAGCUCAAGCCCCUGGAGGUGUGCGAGUAUCCGUUUGGCUCCAAACAGAAAGAGGUGUGCAUUAACCCAUAUCACUACAAGAGAGUGGAGAGUCCGGUUCUCCCUCCUGUCUUGGUACCACGCCACAGCGAGUUCAACCCACAGCACAGCUUGCUUGUACAGUUCCGCAACCUAACCCACAAUGAGCCGCACAUGCCCCUGAAUGCCACCUUUCCUGAGUCCUUCCAGCAGCCACACAGUGGGGGCAGCAGCAGCGGUGGUGGAGGUGGAGGCUCCUUUCCCAUCUCUCCCAUUUCUCCAUAUCCCCCUUCUCCAGCCAGCAGUGGUACUUAUCCCAACUCUCCUGCCAGCUCAGGGCCCUCUAGUCCAUUCCAGCUACCAGCUGACACCCCACCUCCAGCAUACAUGCCUCCUGAUGAGCAACUGGGCCAGGAGAGUCAAUCCAUGGAGACGAGCAGCAGCAGCCUAGUUCCACAGAAUAUGGCUAGAGGAGAUGUGCAGCCAGUGGAGUAUGAAGAGCCCAGCCACUGGUGCUCUAUCGUCUACUAUGAACUCAAUAACCGUGUGGGUGAGGCUUACCACGCUUCAUCAACCAGCGUGCUAGUGGACGGCUUCACUGAUCCAUCAAAUAACAAGAACCGUUUCUGCCUGGGGCUCUUGUCCAAUGUCAAUCGCAACUCCACAAUUGAGAACACCCGUCGGCACAUUGGCAAAGGUGUUCACCUGUACUAUGUAGGAGGGGAGGUGUAUGCUGAGUGCCUCAGCGACACCAGCAUUUUCGUCCAGAGCCGUAACUGUAACUAUCACCAUGGAUUCCAUCCCACCACUGUCUGCAAGAUCCCAAGUGGCUGCAGCCUGAAGAUUUUCAACAACCAGGAGUUUGCCCAGCUUCUGGCCCAGUCUGUCAAUCAUGGCUUUGAGGCCGUUUAUGAGCUUACCAAAAUGUGUACCAUCCGGAUGAGUUUUGUUAAGGGCUGGGGAGCCGAGUACCACCGACAGGAUGUCACCAGCACACCCUGCUGGAUUGAGGUGCACCUGCAUGGGCCACUCCAGUGGCUGGACAAGGUCCUGACUCAGAUGGGCUCUCCCCUAAACCCAAUAUCCUCUGUGUCCUAAUAUCAGAGGAUUUGAAUUUAGAUAUUUUUGUUCUUUAUUUUUUUCCCACUCCCCUCCAUCCAUCGGCGAUGUUUAAUUUAAGGUGGUCUUAAUGGCUGAACUGUUUACACUUAUUUGGGAAGAGGUGUUGGACUGGAAUGGCAGCAGCCAGAAUGAAUUGAUGAAAUGUUACAUGGAGGACAUGAAAUCUCCAGCUGUCAGUGCUGGCAUGGAUUGCCAAAUCUGCAUCAUUUGACGCAUUUGUCACCUUGGACACAUCCAAUGUUAAUCAUUUUGUCUCUAGUGGUUACUCCCAAUUUAUUUUAUUUUACUGUAUGUUUAGUUCUGAAUUUCCUUUUAUGUUUGACUAUUAAUUCAGUUUUAUGGAACUUUUUUUUUUUUUUUUUUUUUAUGUCAAUGUAAAGAAAUACAGAUGACCGUUAGACUCCGAUAUCACAAUCUUCAAUCUUUUAGUCUCUAAUUGUAGAAAGAACACUGAGCUACUGCUUUUUAAUCUGAUAAUUUUUGAUGUGGGAGAUGGAUCAAUGAAUUAUGUUCUUCAUGCCAUAAGCUAACACAAUUGUCAAUGUUACAUCUGUUGCACUACAAGUAGUCAUGUAAAGUCACUUCUAAGGAUGGUUAACAUUUUAAAAGUGACCACAAUUUCCACAUUCACUCUUUAAUGUGCACUCGGAUUAUGUGGAGGUUUAUGUUCAAUGUUAGCAUGGGUUAUGAUGAAUUACUUCAUUAGUUCAAUUAAAUAAACCAGUUAUUUGGUUA